AUGACACAAGGAGAGGUUUGGCCAAAACCUCAGCAUGAAACGACGGAAAACGCUUAUUUCACCUUCAAUCCUUCUAAUUUUAAUGUUAAGGUGACGAAUCAAACCUGCGCUACUCUUACAUCUGCAAUUGAACGGUAUUCAUACAUAAUAAAAAGUAAAUCUGGUGGGCAAUCACGAGAAAGGAAAAUAGUCCCAGGUUCAAAGCGGAGGCGACACAGUGAUGAUACACAAGAUUUACACCAGGGCGCUCUACAGGAGCUUGAAAUACAACUGACAGAACCAUGUGAAGAUUAUCCAUAUUUAGAAAUGGAUGAAAGUUACAGACUGAUCGUUUCCGCGACCUCGAAGUUGGAGAGCGCUUCAAUAUGGGGUAUUAUGCGAGGACUGGAGACAUUUGCACAGAAAUUUUAUUUCUCCGACGAUAUGAACGAAAUCAGAAUAAACGCUUCACAAGUCGACGACUUCCCUCGUUAUCAGCAUCGUGGGCUUCUCCUGGACACAUCCCGCCAUUAUAUUUCUCUGUCGAAUAUAUUGAAAACAUUGGACGCCAUGUCGAUGAAUAAGAUGAACGUCUUUCACUGGCAUAUUGUAGACGAUCAAAGUUUUCCUUACCAAAGCGAGAAAUUCCCUGAGUUAAGUUUGCAGGGCGCCUACCAUUCUUCCAUGGUGUACACUAAAGAAGAUAUCUCAAGGGUUGUCGAAUACGCGCGAGUGCGAGGGAUUAGAGUCUUGCCUGAAUUUGAUGUACCCGGACACACGCGAUCGUGGGGUAACGCGUAUCCCAACAUUCUCACGGAAUGCUACAGAGGGGACGAAGUCAUCGGCCUUGGCCCGAUGAACCCAAUAAGGAACGUAACGUACAAACUGAUCCGCGAUGUCUUCCAGGAGGUACAGACUUGGUUCCCUGACAAAUAUAUACACAUUGGCGGCGAUGAAGUAGAAAUGGACUGUUGGCGAUCAAACCCCGAGAUUCGCGAGUACAUGAGAAAUAACAAGCUGACUGUCGGAGACCUCCACGCGAUGUUCAUGCGGAACACCUUGCCUUUGCUCGCUAAUAACUCUAAGGUUAUAGUAUGGCAAGAAGUAUUCGAUGAAGGCGUGCCCUUAUCAAAUGAUACGCUUGUGCAAGUUUGGAAGUAUUUAUGGAUCGACGAAAUGGUAAAGGUGCUAGAAGCUGGGCACCGCGUGUUGUUCUCGUCGUCGUGGUACCUGGACCACCUAGGCGGCGAGUGGCCCGCGCUGUAUGCCGCCGACCCGCGCCAGAUGGUGCGCGAUGCCACCGGAAACGACGAGCUGCUGCCCGCCGUCGUGGGCGGCGAGGCCUGCAUGUGGGGGGAGAUGGUUGACGACAGGAAUGUCAUCUCCAGAGUGUGGCCCCGAGCUAGCGCGGUAGCAGAGAAGCUGUGGAGCGCGGAGGUGCCGGCGGCCGGGCGCCGUUGGAGGAGUUCGCGCGACGCGCCGCCGCUGGAGGCCUACCGCCGCAUGGAGGAGCACGUGUGCCGCAUGAUCCGCCGCGGGGUCGCCGCGCAGCCCGCCAGCGGACCCGGCUUCUGCUUGCCCUGA